ACACAAACAACUGAUAGUUCAGAUAGUGUGUGAAGACCUUGAGAUAUCUCUUUAAAAGUAUUUCACUUAAAACAGACUAUAUUUAAUAGAUCCUAGAGAAGUUAUGUUGUCAUUUUUCUUUCACAAGUUAUCAGUAGUUUUAUCAACCAAUUAUGUGAUAAAGCAUACUUUAUGAAUUACCAUGUUUUUUCUCUGACCGAUGUUUUACUGUGCUCAGAUACUUGUGAAAUCUUCAAGUAGUAUGCAAAUAAAAGUAUCUUAUCUUAGGCAGAUGUUUCACAAAAAUUUGUAUAAUAGAUAGCACAGUAUCAAUAUUACAGAUAUUUAAGGUUAGAAAUUCUGAAUAAAAUCAGUAUUUUUAUUGAAACUGUUAAUUGUUUUAUUCACAAUGGAUACAAAAUUCUGGCCGUACAUAAUCAGAUGCCCAAACAGGAGGCUAAAAAAACAUGUUGUUUGCCUUGUUUUUGGGAUGUGCCUAGUUACAGCAAUGUAUCUAGUGCAAACACACAAUGGCUGGAUUAUGGACAAAAUAUUUCAGCUACAUUCACAGCAGUGUACAGAAAUACAGAACAUUGUUUUUUUGAAAGUUCAUAAAACAGGUAGCUCAACAGUGGCAAAUAUUCUGCAGAGAUUUGGCUACUUCAGGAAUCUAAACUUUGCACUUCCAAAUAAAACUGCUGGACAGUUGCGGUAUAAUUAUUUUGGAGGAGUUGGAGAGACUUUAAAACCUGGUGGGACGAUCCCCUCAAAACCGAAGUCAAAACAGUACAACAUAUUGUAUAACCAUGUUAUCUUCAACUGGAAGCCUUUCUUGAAAAUAUUUCCGAAGAAUACUACAGUUUACGUGACGACGCUACGGCAGCCCGUCAACCAAUUCCUGUCUUCAUUGUUAUUCUUUUUGCAUGAGGAAAUUCUGGAUGCAGCUAAGGAAAAUAUUACUUUUUACCUGAAGAACCCCGAAAAAUUUGAACCAGAAGAAAGCCCGUAUCUGUCAUUCACAAAUAAUAGGCAGGCCCUUGACCUUGGACUUCCACCAUCGAAAGUCAGAGACAAAACCUACAUAACCAGGUAUAUAAAUAUGCUUGACAAAGUAUUUGACCUUGUUUUGAUAAUGGAAUACUUUGAUGAGUCCUUGAUACUGUUAAAAAGACGAAUGUGUUGGAACUUUAAGGAUAUUCUACACAUACGGAAAAACAAAGCAUAUCAGUCUUUUGAUUUUCAACUGAGUUUUAAUGAUAAAACUUUACUCAAAGACUGGGCACUGGCCGAUCAUCUGAUAUAUGAACAUUUCUAUAAAAAAUUUCAUAUCAUUUUGAAAAGGGAACCAAAUGUUAUGGAGGAAACACACGACUUUAAAAUGAUCCUCUACAAAACACAAAGGUUUUGCAACAACAGUGGAAGUGAAACCCAGCUGGUUAUACAGAAGAGCAAAUGGAACGAACAGUUUAAAAUUACUGCCCUUGACUGUGCCUACAUGAAGUUAGGAGAACUACAGUUUUUAAAUAAAAUUUUGCAUGAUAUACGUAGAUAAAUAAAAAGUUGUUUUGCUUUAUUA